CUCAUCCAUCAAACUCAUCUCCCUCCCUCCCUCCCUCUCUCUCUCUCUCCUCCAGCUUCUCACUCUCCAGAGCUUCUUCCCUUGUCUCGUUGCGUUCGACCACAUCCUUCUCGAUCGGGCUUCUUGCCUUGGUAUGCAGGACCAGCUGAUCUGCAGCGGCUGCAAGCGUGUUCUUCAGUACCGCAGGGGAGCCACCGGCGUCUGCUGCCCAAGCUGCAGCACUUUUACCGCCGCCAACCCGUCAGGAUCAGAGAUGUCUGAACUCGUCUGCGGCGGCUGCUUCACCAUGCUCGUGUACAACCGCGGCGCCGCCAACAUUCGCUGCCCGCACUGCGGCAGGGUCAACUCGACAAGAUCAGCGAACCAGAUUGGUCACCUGUCGUGCGGGCAUUGCCGGACUACUCUGGCGUACCCACCGGGAGCCUCCACUGUCGGAUGCCCAACAUGUCGCUGCGUCAAUCCUGUCAGGAACAACAACUCUGGUGGCUCUGCACGGCCAGCACCAUCAGAUGCUCGGCCCCAGACGGUUCUGGUGGAGAAUCCUAAGACGCUGGAUGAAAAGGGCAAACUGGUGAGCAAUGUCGCCGUUGGUGUCACCUCAUGGAAAAGAUGACCAAGAACUCCUCCGCGGCAUCAUCCCAGGGAUCUACUGAUUAAACCCUUGGUGAUGGACAUGUACAACUAUCAUCUUCAUCAAACUAAUGUGAAAUCAAGUGUGUUUUGAAGCUUGAUAUAAAAAAAAUUAUGUAACAGUUGAGCAGCAAAAGAUCUGAAAAUGUAAAUAUGCUAGCCGUGUGUGCUAGCCUAUGUACUAUUGUACUCCAAGCCAAAAAGGAAUGGAAAGGAGCGAAGCAUUGUGUUCCCUGAGAAA